AUGUCCCGCCAGGGCGGCACCCUCACCCUCGUCUACAUCCACUCGCCCGAGGAGGACGGCGCCGACCCCUCGGCUGCCAGCGGCGGCUCCAGCUGGCGUCCCGGCGCGGCCAGCCGCUUCUGGCUGCGCUGCGCGCUCGAGGCGCUGUCUGCAGACCUGGUGUCGCGCUAUGGGAGGGGGGCAGAGGUGGUGUUCAAGCGCGGGCCCUACCAGCGGGCGCUGGAGGAGGUGGCGUCGGCCGCGCGUGCGUCCCGCGUGUUUUUCGGGCGCCGCUACGAGCCGGCGGCGGCGGCGGCGGAUGCGCGCGUUGCGGAGGGACUGGCGGCGGCGGGCUUUGAGGUGCGGUCCUUCCCAGGCCUGCUGCUGCAGGAGCCCCACGGCAUCUCCAUUGACAUGAGCAAAUGGCCCGGCGGCCACUUCGGCUCCCUCACGCCCUUCUACAAGCAAUGGGAGAAGCAGCCGCGCGUGCCCGAGCCCCUCAAGCCGCCGAAGAAGCUUCCCGUGGCCGCGGACAGCCCCGCGCAGAGAAGCACCACCACCAUUACCAGCAGCAGCAGCAGCAGCAGCAGCAGCAUCCCCUCAGCAGCCGACGCCGUCGCCCCGUCGCCGAGCGAGGGGGCCGUGGUCGAUUGGGGAGCGCCGAUCAAGGCGGCGUGGGACCCCUCAGAGCGCGGCGCCCUCCGCCUGCUGGACGCCUUCAUUGGCGGCGGCCUGCAGCGCUACGAGUCGCAGCGCGCGUUUGCUGACGGCCGCGCGGUGUCGCGGCUGUCGCCCUACGUGCACUUUGGUCAGAUCAGCGCGCGGCUGGUGUGGCAGCGGCUCAAGCAGGCGCAGUGA